AUGAUGUUAGAAAGGAUAAGUAGCAAUCUAAUGCAGGAGACCAAACAGGAGGUCCAGAUCAGAAAUUCAAAGCAAAAUAAGAGCAUGAGAAGGAGGAGAAGAAAUAGAAAGAGAAAUAAAUAAAAAGAAUAAUGAUAAAAGUUUCUCCAUCAUGAUCAGCAGUUGAAAGAUUAACCACAUUAGAGAUAAGGAUCCAGGUGUCUGAAAUAACUCAGAAUAUGAUCUGAUGAAUAACAAUGGAAGUAAAAAUGGAAUCCCUCCCAAUCAGAUAUUAGAAUCCAAUGAUUACCAAAAGACUAAACUUUAUACAGAGUGAGAAACUUCGAAAUUAGAAGAAAGUCCCAAUUUCCUGAAACAAGGAAGAAGUGUCAAAAGAGGAGGCAAAAGCUCAGAGAAGGAUAAAAGAACAAUUCUUCCAGUCCAGAUUAGAGGCAAUUAUGAUCGAAGGAACCCCCAAACAUCUUUAAAUAGAAUGAAAUGUAGAAAAGAGUCGAAUUCUCUUAUAGAGAAUAAAUACCAAAACCAUCCAAUGAUCAUAAACCAAAUGCAUGAGCCUCAAGAAAUAAAUGCACUGACGCCGAAAACUUGAGUCAGAGACAUUCGAGAGUUAAAGACAACAUCAUCAUGCUAUCCAAUUGAAGCGAAGGAGGAUCAAUAUACAGAAGAGAUCAAUCUCCCGUUAUUCCAGAUUGAGAAAGGAAAUAAUUACUUAAAGAAGAAAAUUGCAUACGAAUUCAAUUACAAAGAUGAUAAAUCCAGUAAUGAAAGACCUUCACCAAUGUACAAAGCGAAGUACAAUCUUCCAGAUCAAAAAGUCUAUAAUGAUCUUACUACAGAAGAUUCAACAGUUCCUAAAAAGCCCUUUCAGAAAAAGUUUAACAGCUCAGAGUCUGGGAUGUUCAAAAAUAUUGAAAAAUACAAGAAACGGAGAGGAAUAGAUGAAAAGAUAUCAAGUCAAGAGAAAAAAUUCCCACAUCAUAUCUAUAAGAAAGAUAAGUUAGUUUCCAAGGCUAUCAAGAUUAAAACAGUCAAUAGAAAAUAUCAUAAAGACUUCUUAGACAAUAAAGCACUAGAUUGAGGAAUAUGAAACAAAAAUGAUGAAGCCAAGUCCUUAAUUCCUCUCAGCUGUACUCAUUCUUUCCAUCCAGAAUGCUUAAGAGAUUUGAUAGUGGAAAGGAUAUCUAAGAAAUCAGUCCCAAUUUCAUGACCUAUCUGUAAUAAGCAGCUUCUUGAGAGAGAAAUAAAGAUUUUAAUCCAUCCAAAUCAAUACGAGAAAUAUAUAACAAUGAUCUUGAGUAAGACUUUAAGGAGUCAAGAAUUACACUGUAUAUACUGCUAUACUCCAAUUACUAACAAGAAGGAUAGUCUCUCCCUCAAAAUUUCUUGUAAAUAAAUGCAAACAAUCAUACUGUAUCAACUGCAAUAAGGAAUGGGCGCCUCAACAUUCAUGAAACAGUAAAAAAAUGAUAUCUCCUAACUGCAAAACAAAACAUUGCUCAGAUAAAUAAAUGCAUAUGCGGCAAUACUGAAUGGCAGUCUUAUAUUAAGGCUAAAAAGUAUAACUCAAGAACUGGAAAGAAUCAAGCACAUUCCAAUUCUGCUAAACCUGUCUCUCACAAAUCCAGCAAAUUUGAAUAUUUUAGAGCAAAGAACCAAUUGAGGUCUAAAAAGAAGCAGAUAAUAUCUGUACAAGGUAUAAAAUACAACUCAAAACAAUCCUUGCAGCCUCAUUCUCAAGGACAUAAGAACAGGAAAGGAAAAUAUUGUCUGGGAAAUUUUAAAGGAGAUAUACACAACUUUCAGUUCUCAUGCCAAUGAGAGAUCUGUAGAAUAAUCACUACAGAUUUGAGCAAUUCAAACUACCUUGAUAAUAGUGAAGAACUAUACCACUCACAAAAAUCAAGAAUGUACUGAUCUGAAAAGAAAAACAAGAAAUCCCUCAGGAAAAAUGGCAACACUUUCCUCAGAAGAUACUGUCAAGGAAGAAGAGAAAGACCGAAGGACCUCUCAUUUGGAGGGAUUUACUAUGAUGAAGAAAAUGAUAAGUUUGAAACAACAUAUAACAUCAACCCUUCUGAUGCCUCUUAUGACAAAGACAAUGAUGACAUUUCUAUCAACCUCUGUUCAGAAAUAAUGUCUGCUCAUAAUUCAGAUAAAAUGGCAAAGAAGGAAACAAAAAUACCGGUUCCUAAUAAUUUGGAAAGAAUUGAGCAAAAGAUGAGAAAUAAAUCAAUUGAGGAAUAUAAUGUGAGUCAGAAGCGAUGGACUAAAGUCUUAUCAACUAGUCCCAAGAAAAUAGAAAAACCAGUGAUGCAGAAAGCAAAAUCAUUUAAGGCUAACAAAUUAGUAAACAAAAUUCCUCCUGAGUCAUAUUCAAAUAAAGAAAAGACAGUAGAGAAUCAAAAGUCUAAACAAAGGCCAAGCACAAAUAGAGUCGACUCUGUAAAAGAGCUAGAGAAUAAUAGAACAAAGCCCAAAAAUAAGACUAAAAAGCGAUGCUGAGAAGGAAAAGGGGGUUGUACUGGGUAUGUCCCACCUCCGUUGAAUAAGCCUAUUAUGACUCCUUCAACACAUCUGAAUGGCCACCCUAUAAACAUCGCAAUAAAAAAUAUCAAUCAGUUUAUCAACCUUGCGUUUAAGAUCAAGAGUAAAGAUGGCUACAACGUAUCUUCCAUCUUAAAUUUGGGAAGAACUCUUGGAAUAGUGUACCCGAAAAGCCAGAUAGUCGACCAUAACUUUUUAAGGUCAAGAGAAUUUCUUUCAUUUUCUAAGGAGAAGAUCCUCAGAUACCUCUACAGUGUUAUUAACAAUAGCAAUGGAAAGAUAGAACCAGACAACUCAAAAAGCUUAAUUUCGUUCCAUCAGAAUAGGUUUUACAUUGGGAGAGGGAAUAACUCAAUUCUAGUAAGAUCGGUUAUUAAGCAAAGAUGGUGGUGGUCGAUGAACGAGAGGGAAGACUUUUUCAAAUCAAACUUUAUCUGGACACAAUGGAGAAAGAACAAACAUCUCUCUAUACUUGAUACUAAAUAAUGAGUGCACUAAUCAAGAAAUGAACGAUUUAAAAUAACCAAGUACUAAGUGAAAGAAAUACUGACGAUAGUUAUGGAGGAGAAUCUCCUCAGCAAGCAGAUAUAGAAGAUGCAACUUCCAGUCCUCAUGUUCUAUUUCAGACCAAAAUUUACAAUAGGUUGGAAAAUAACUUUCAUCUAAGCAAUAAGAAAGCUUUGUUUUGGAACAUGUCUGAGUAUUAUCAAUCAAUUGAUAAAUCACCAUGGGAUGCUCUUCCAGUCACAUUCCAUAUUGAAAAUGGCCUCACAGAUCCUGAAUAUGCCAAAUUCUUAAGCUUUCAGUCCAGACUUGAGAUGGAAAUAGAAAUCAAAACUAGAACCAAAAAUGAAGAACUCUUAAGACGAAGAAAAGAGGAGGAAAGGAAACGAACACAAGAAAGACUCCAAGAAAGAAGAAAUAGAGUAGGAAGAAGAGGUAAAAAGAUCGUAAGGUCAGAACCUACAAGUUCUGAAGAAGAGACCAACUCUUCGUAUUACACAGACUCUGAAGAGGAAGAAUCCGAUGACGAUGAGUUCAAAAUACCAAAGAAUAUGUGGAUAGUGAAACCAGGAGAGAAUACUAAUCGAGGAAAUGGAAUACAAGUGUGCUCAUCUCUCCAAGAAGUCGAAAAUAUAAUCAGAACUUGCAGGCCUAAGCAAGAAGUUCAAAAAGAUAAUAAAGAUACAAACUCUAAACUUGAAGAUAAUCAAAGAAGAACCUUUAUACUACAGAAGUAUAUUGACCGGCCUCUUCUGAUCAAAGGGAGAAAAUUUGAUAUCAGAGCAUUUGGGACUAUGACUUCCAUCAAUGGGCUUCUUAAAGGAUAUUUCUAUGAGGACGGAUAUAUCCGGACUAGCUCAACCAAAUACACAAGUAAAUCUAAUGAUGUGUUCAUUCAUCUUACUAAUGACGCAGUCCAGAAGCAUGCUGAUAAUUUUGGAAAGUAUGAAAAUGGUAAUAAACUUUCAUACCAUGAUUUCCAAAAGUAUCUUAACUCUCAUUAUCCUGAUGAGAAUGUAUGAUUUUACAGAGACAUUCUACCCCAAAUGAGGUGUUUAGUAGCUGAUGCUUUCAGAAGUGUUUACGGAAAAAUAGACCCAUUCAGAAGAAUAAAUUCUUUUGAAAUAUAUGGAUUCGAUUUCAUGAUUGAUAGAGACUUUAAAGUAUACAUGAUAGAGUGAAAUACCAAUCCUUGAUUAGAACUUCCCUGCCCAUUGCUAACAAGAGUGAUUUCUGGAAUGCUAGAUAAUUCAUUCAGAAUAGCUAUUGACCCUCUGUUCCCUCCAAAUGAUUUCUCUUUCUGUUGUAAAAGGACAGCAGCUCUUCCCGCAGAAACAAAGUAUGAGCUCGUCUUUGAUGAAGAGACAGAUGGAUUUGAGCUUACUGAACUUCUCAAAAAACAAAAGAACUGAAUAUUUGAUAUUGAAGAAGAGGAAGAAGAUGAUCAAGCAGAAGGUGAACUAAGCGAGGAGGAGUUUAUGGCAGAAGAAGCAGGAUAAGCUUCAUAUCAAUCACAUUGAUUAUUUAUUUAAUCGUGCUCGAAUGUUUU